AUGGCGGGACAUGAACUCCUAAGUUUCAUGGAUGCGUUCUCAGGUUAUAACCAAAUCCAAAUGCAUCCAGACGACUAYGAGAAGACAACAUUCAUCACUGAUCGAGGACUAUACUACUACAAGGCCUAUGUGGACGACAUGUUGGUGAAGAGCAAGAAAGCCGAGCAACACCUAGCCGACCUCAAGGAAGUCUUCGGCACACUCAGGAAAUAUCAAAUGAAGUUGAACCUGAUGAAGUGUGUCUUUGGUGUUGGCUCCGACAAGUUCUUGAGGUUCAUGGUUCAUGUCAAUGUCUAUGGACCAAUGCUUGUCAUUCUUCAAGGAACUAAAAGGAUACCUGAGUUUGCCACCUUUGCUCAUAAUGCCGAGCCCAAGAGAUUUACUCCUGCUCUACUUGUUGGCUGGAAACGAGGUGGUCAACUUAGUCUUGGUAAAGGAGGAACGAGGAAGGUUCUCAUUACCGACAAUGGCUCCCAGUUCAUCAAUUGGAAGUUCAAGGCCUUCUGUGUAGAGCUCAAAAUAGAUCACCAGACCACAACCAUUCACCAACCACAGAUCAACGGACAGACUGAGGUGAUCAACCGAAUUUUGCUCCACGGCUUGAAGACUAGGCUUGACAAGGCCAAUGAUAUAUGA